AUGCAAGAAAUUAGAGAAAUCACAAAUAGACAUGAUAAGCCUUCUCAGGAUAUUAUUCUGAAGCAGCCUCAUACUAAUGGACCUUUAGUUGACAAUAUAUUUGGACCACAAUACUAUGAUUUAGCUUAUAAAAAUAUUCAUAUUAAUGUAAAAAAAGAAAAAGAUUCUUAUAUUUUAACAAAAGAUAAUACUCUGGUCAAAUGUCUCAAUAUUGCACAUUUAAACAACAAACCAGUAUUAAUAGGACAAUUCUUUAAGUCUUUAUUACCAUAUUACAUGAAACCAAUAGAUUCCUCAUUGUUGGAUAUAUUUGAAGUCAAAAAUCUUUCUAGGAACAUCCAUUAUUGGGAAAUUUGUGAUAUUAAAAAAAAAAUUAUGAUUUUAAAACACAGCGGAAAGCUUAUAGCAAUGCCAAUUAUUCACUCGACAGUAGAAGAUUAA